AUUUCGCCGGUGUACUGACGGGGAACAAAUACUGUUUUAAAAAGACACGUUUACAGUGUAUCUUUUGUACGUUCACCUCCCACCGCCGUGAUGUGGCACGACGCAGCAUCCAAUCAGCGAGAUGAGGAGAACACCCACACCCCAGAAUCUGAAUGCGGGUUUGGCGCAUUAUAAAUACCACUUGUGAUGCACCGGCAAAUCUUGGUCGUGAGGAAGCUCAGGGUUGCAGUAGUACAUCAGUCUUUUUUCUUUCCAUAACAAAGAAGACCAUCAUCCAUCUUUUAUUUCUUUAUUUUUUUUGCUUCUCCCCAAUUUCAGUUUAUUUCAGGCCAGUUGCAUGUAUUGUUCGUCUCCCAAAAUGGUUUGCGAGACUAAAAUCGUUGCAGACGAUCACGAGGCCAUAGCUGGGACAAAAAAAGAUUCAAUUAUAGUUUCCUCCUCGCAAAUGUGGACGUCUUCUCCCAGUGCGAUCGAGAAUAAGGUUGAAAAAAGGAACCAGGUUUUUAUUCGCGAAUUUAAACGCUCGGACCAUGAGGAGGUGCGCCGGAUCUUCAACGAGGGAAUCAUGGAGCGGAUACCCAAUUCGGCAUUUCGGGGUCUAAAACAGCAAACUAGAACCCAAAUUAUCUAUGCCUUUCUCACAGUAAUGUGCUAUGUUAUGACCAAAUCCUUCACACUGACCUUCUGCGCACCGUUUAUUCUAAUGGGUGCACGUUAUUACUACAGCAGAAAAGUCAUUCUCGAAUACCUGGACUGCGCUCUGCACACUGAUAUGGCUGACAUUGAGGAGUAUUACAUGAAACCCACAGGCUCUUGUUUCUGGGUGGCAGUUUUGCAAGGCCAGGUGGUGGGCAUCGUGGCAGCGCAAGGUCGAGAAGACGACAACACCUUGGAACUCCGUCGAAUGUCUGUGGACUCUCGCUUCCGUGGAAAAGGCAUCGCCAAGGCCCUGGGUCGACGAGUUCUAGAAUUUUCCAUGUUAAACAACUUCUCAGCCGUGGUUUUGGGAACAACUGCAGUCAAGAUGGCCGCCCACAAGCUGUACGAGUCUUUGGGUUUCCGGCGAGUGGGGGAUACUGACGACCACACGCUGCCAGGCAUGACCCGCUCACCGCUGGAGAGGCUCUUCUUCCAAAUUCGCUAUAGUCGGUACCGAUUGCAGCUUCACGAAGAGUGAGAGACAGAGGGUUACCAUGAGCGCAGAAGAUAGAAUAAAAACGACAAUGCCGGCAAUGACCCUGAACCACCCGCUGAUCCGGUCCUCCUCUUCUACCUAUUUAUUUAUAUUUUUGUUUCAUUUUUAAAAAGUCAUAUCUAUUCCUACAACCUUUAUUUUUAUUCGUUUUUAUGCUCAUUGUUUUUCGAGGGGGUUUAGUGGGACAUUUCAUUUCUUUGACGUUUCUGCUCUUAGACUUUCUUUUCAUGGUCAUCUCGCCCUGAAACACCAUAAACAAUUGAAUAGCCCCUAAUGAUUUUAUCUUAUUGGGAUAUGAUGUGAAUUUGUUCGCAGACACAAAUCAACCAAGGCAGCUUAAUUCUGCCUUUGACCUUUUUCCAAUCAGAGUAGCACAGACCACUAUAAACACAGUUCAGGAAGCAGUGGAUGUAGAAACUGGAGGAAAGGAGGCAGUAAAGAUCAAUUCACCUUGUCUGAUGCCACCUUCCUCUUGACAAGUAGGUUUGAACGUUGCAACAGCAGCAGUCUGGUGGAGUCAAAAAGUCCAUCCAAUUGUAACUUUUAGUCCAAAGCACAGCAUUUUCAACUGUGUCUAACUGAUGAACAAAAACAGCUAGAAAUGUGGUAUAUUAUCAAGCCAGUGAUUUAUAUCCUUAAGCACCCUUGUCUAAUAGGUUACGAUAACAACUUUGCAAUAUAAUCUUGAUUUGUUUUGAUGGUUAAGCAGGUUCCUAUAGUGCUGAGGCACAGUUUUAACAUUAAGAAAUAACCAGAAAAACAUAAACGCUCUUUCAUGUUAAAGAAAACUAUAUAGAUUUUUUUCCCACAUUUGGCUGACUUUAAAGUUGCAGUCAGUGAAAUUCACGUUUACAAAAAUAAAAUAAAAAAUCACUUUAAAUUUGAUUAUACACACAUUUCAUAUCCCUAUCUAUUGGAGUACUGAUUUGACGAAGCUUUAAUAAUGACUUGAUUAAACUUUGUAUACUUUGUGGAUAAUUUGGUUUGGUAAAAAAUACAAAAUUGCUUAAACUCUCUGAUAUCGCUCUCCCAAAGCGAAGUCUAAAAUACAAAAACAUAAACAAAAAAAGCAAAAAACAAAUGCGAUCAGACUCCAAGUGUAUUUGAAUUAAACUUGGGUGGCAUAAAGGCAGCAAUAUGAUGAUAAACCUGAAAUUAAACUAGGCACAAAUCUAAACUUGGAUAAAUAUAUAUAAAAAGGAUUGUAUACGUAUACAAUAUCUAAGGCUUUAUAUUCUGCAACUACUCAAUGUAUAUGUAAAAUGAUUGAAAACAUAUAUAUAAGACAUACUCAAAAUCUCUCUCCGUCUCUAUCCUCUUAUCACAGUACCAGCAGAGGGAGAGAGACAAACCACAAAAAGCCUCAUCUGUGACAAUGUUGUAUAAAGUUAAGAAACUAAAUGUGAUUUAAAAAUACAUAGUAGUAACAUGUAGUGCAAAAAACAAAAACAAACAUGAUCAUUGCCAGUUUUCCUUGACUUUAACCCCACCCCCAUCCAAAAAUCGAACUGCAACCCUGGGCCAGACCUCUCCCUCCUUUACGCCCCCACCCCCCUCUCUCUGCAUGCGCCACGGAGUCUUGUUGCACCGCCCUUUCCCCCAUUCUAGCUUGUACUAUCUAUCCCCAUUCUUCUGUGAUGUCACAGUAGCAGUGUGGAGAGUUGUGGGCAUGGCUUAGAAUGCGAGAUGGGCGGGGUCAACCAAACAAUAGGAUUACCCACCAGCUUGCUGCUUCAAUGACAUCACAGCUGCCAAUAGUAGAAUGCAAGAGCAAUGCAAGUAUGUGGCAUGCCUCUGUACCUGGUUUGUGCGUACGGUGCCUGCCCUGGAAAAGAAGUAUAUUUAAAAAAUAUGUAAAACGAGCUUCUUCUUUUUUUAACUGAACAUAUAACAAAUAUGUGUUUCAUUGUUCAAAGAAAUUGUUGUUGCAUGAAACGUCUAUGAAUGAAAAAUGAGCAAGAAAAUACCAUAUUUAACAUGGCAAGUCUUAAAAGUUGAGCCAUUUCUUUUUUCCAUGUCAUUUUUGUUCAUUCUAAAAAUCUUGAGUUGUUGUCAUCUUUUAGGAUAUUGCGAGAUGUUCUUUUUUCAUCAUCAAGAAGGCCUUGAAAAUUAUUUAACUGAAUGCGCUGUUUUGAUUACAGAGAAGCUACGUGACGCGACGCUUCUCACAUCACUUGAGGACAUCCCUAUGUUAGCCAUGUGGUUUGAAAUGAACAAUUUCAAACAAGAAAGCAAUUCUGUAGUGACAACUUUGCCACUUGUGUGUGCCAGUCAAAUUAGACAUAGCAUUCACCUGUCUCCCUUAAAAUGGACUCAUUGAAUGGAUAUUUGAAUGUACAGUACAAAUAUCCUUAAGAAGAAAGGUUAGGCUGAUCAAAUCUGUGAUGGGAUAUUUAAACAUGAAUUCCUGUGUAAACCCAAAGCAAACAGGCUACAGAUCACACUAACCUGAUAUCUUGUGAAACAAUUGCCAAAACGAUCAAACACAAAUGUAAUGCAGAAUGAAAAUAUACAAGGAGCAAUUCCAAAUUAAGAAAUCAGUACCAGAUCAACAGAAAAUACACACAAAUGAUUAACCAGAGAGCUGGCAGAUUUGAAUGUACACGGCAAUCAGCAAUGUAUUAUGUAUUUUGAAGAUCCAGAUUUGAACAGUGAUUGAUGUAAUUGAGGGUUAUUUUGCUAUGAGUGUUAUUCUUCUGUAGAGCAACUGCCUUGAAAAACCUUAAUUUAUUAUUCCGAAUGCAGUUAGCAUGGGAUUGGGAAUUUUAUCUACAAGGUGCAUGUAUUGUUGCCAGAUUGAAGAGAGAAUUAAUGCUAAAAUUGCAAGCAAGUGCAAGAACAUGAUUGUGUGAUUGCUUGUGUUUAACUAACAUGCUGACCAGUUCCUGAUCAUGCCGCUGGUUUUGCACAUGCUAAAACGUUUGCACAUGCUAAUGGCUCAAUUAAAUUGGAUUUAUAUAUACAGUACAGUUAGUGUCCUAUGUGGGUUUAGACUGGUGACUCGAUUGGCUGGUGAAUGUCUGUGAAUGUGAAAGUUGGAGCAGUACUCAAGAAAAAAGCUGGUGUUGAAGUCUCAAAAAGAAGAAAUAAAGUGCAUUCUGAUACAUUAGUGUUAGAAAGAACAGGCUUUCAAGAUUGACCUGGGUAACCUGCAUGAAUAAGAUGGCUGCUAAGAAUGUUUCACUUAACAGAGAAGGGAGUCAGAGAAGAUUCACAAUGGUAGAUGGUCUUGCUUCAUUACUAUCACCCUUCAGGUGAAGCAUGGAACAAGCCAAGACACCAAAAUGUGGAGCUGCUUCCUCUUUUCAUUUUUUUGGGUUGAAAGCACUCACUUAUUGUGUCUUCAAGUGCUAAGGGGGGUAGUGCCACUUGUAGCACAACUUUCUGAUUGUUGAUUGUUGAAAAAAACGCGAAGGGUUUGUCUCAUGUGCUUAUCUAUGAUUUACUACAAUGUAUCAACAGUAUUUGCCAAAGUUAAGAUGUUUGCUGUAUUUCCUUAUUUUGCCAUUUGUCUUUAAGAUAAAUUCAUCUUUGUAGAAUUCAUUUGAAAAUCAAGCCUAUGUGCCAUUUUAUAAAGCAAUAAUGCAAAGUAUCACAGUUGGGGAAAAAAAAAACAUAACAAGAACAUGAUCCAUGAGAUUAUAUAAAUGUUCAAAUGCUGCAUUGAUGUUCAAUUCCUCAUACUUUACUGGUGACAGCCGCUAAGAUGUUAUUAGUAAUGGCACAGCAACAUCACCAUGGGCAAGCCAAGGCCUGACAAAGUGUGAAUGUGAAUUUUCUUUUUUGUAUAUUCAUUUUUUUUUUUUUAUAUUUCCUUAAUUCUAAUUACAACUAACAUGUUUACUUGCAUCUUGAAUUCUUUAUUUUAUGGUUGAUUUUUACGUUGUACUGAUACGAAGUCCACGAAAAUAAGCAAGAAACCUUUGUGACCGAGUGAUGUCAUGGGCCUCUGAAAGUUACGUCAAGCUCUGAACCACAAUUGGUUGGUCUUAAAAAUCACUGUCUCCUGAUUCACGAGGAGUGCAGUUUCCAACAAUCUGUGACGGCAAUCAACACCACACAGCCAGUUUUACAAGUGGCACAAUACGCACAGGUUCAUAUUAACAAAGCUUUAUGAUUUUUCUUGAAAACAAUUAACCUUUUUUAUUAACAUUUUUAAUAUAUGUAAAGCUGUAAAGUGUAAUUUACUGUAAAUAGCAUUUGGGGACAUUUUGUGAUCGUUUUGUAACAGAAACUAUAUGAAUAUAAUUAAGAAGUUUACAAAAAAAA